UACGCUCGCCCGUCUACGCACUACGCCGCCUACGCCGUAGCGCGAGUGGGCUACGAGCUACGCCAGUGUGUAUUGAACUUGCUACUAAACAAAUUAGUGUUUCGACUGCUGCGUGCGGAAUAUAAGUCACUGUGCGAAUUAAAUACUGAUUAAUAUUGUGUUUACGUACAUCAUAAUUUUAUUGGAUUAUUUUUGUUGGGAAUAUUUAAUGGUCACUUGAAAGGAUGAGCGCUAUCUUGGAAAAUGGUUACCACGUUUCGUAGGUAACUCAAUUUAGCUGUGACAAGAAGAGCGCAAUAUUUGGAAAGUCUGUUUAAAAAUGAAGGAGAAUAUACGGAAGGCGCGCAAGAGCCGUCUGGAGGCGGUGGUGACAUGACGUGUGGGCGUGUCGCUCGCUCCAACAUCAUGGCUGCACAGCUCACCGCCAUCAUACUGUGGCUCGGAGGAAGCGUGUUAGGUCUUCGCGACAUACAGCUGAGCGUGCCCGAAGCGGUGGGGGUAGGCGCGAGCGCAACGCUGGGCUGCCGGUGGGCGCUGGACGUGGGCGAGACGCUGUAUACCGUUAAGUGGUACCACGGCGCCCAGGAGUUCUUCCGCUUCGUGCCUAAGGAGCUGCCCAAUACGAGAGUCUUCUCGCAGACUGGGAUCAGCGUUGAUGUGUCACGGUCAGGCGCUCAGCAGGUGGUGCUACGGGGCGUGUCGCGCGGGCUCAGCGGCCGCUACCGCUGCGAGGUGUCCGCCGACGCGCCCUUUUUCCAUACCGUCUAUAAGAGCGCUAACAUGAGAGUCGUUGAACUCCCGGAGACCGGACCCAGUGUGCGAGCACAGAAGAGCUGGUACUCCAUCGGAGAUAUGCUGCGGGCGAACUGCUCGUCGCCGCCGGCUGACCCUCCGGCGAACCUCACGUGGCUCCUCAAUGGCCAGGAGGUGAAAGGGCUGGAUAUUCCGCUGCACGACACAUCAUACGCGCGAAGAAAACCUGUGAUAACCGACACGUCGCUCGAAGAUGCAAAUAGAAUUAUAUUCAGUCCGUGGGACGCAAUCUCGGGUUACGAGGAACCCGUGACCGACAAUGUAAUAGACAUUCCCGGCAAUAUCGACGGCGUAGUGGGCAUUCCCCACGCUGAUAGCAAUCGGAAAAACAAGGACGAAAGCACCACCCGCCUAGCACCCGGACUAGAGCAAAUAGCAAAUAAAUUGAACAUUAGUAUUGAAGAAGAGAAAUCCAAUAAAUCAUCGUCGUUCAGCCAGCUUGUUAUAAGAGUACAGUCGGUACACUUUCGCAAAGGGCGGGUCAACGUGACGUGUGUGGCGCACGUGCUGUCCGUAUGGUCGAACAGCGGCGUGCUCAUCCUAGACGAGGAGAGGCCGCAGAUAGCACCCGUUAUGGGUAGCCGGGACUCUAACUCAGGGCUGCGGUGGUCGACGUCGCACGUCGGCAUCAUGGCGAUGCUCAACUGUUUGCUCUACAGGCAUUGGACUGUCCGAUGAUCGGAAGAUUAAACCAAAAAUCACGAACUUGUCAUUUUCUCAUUUAAAAUCAGUGUUAGACUUUAGUGAUUGAAAAAUUACACGAAAAUGAUGCAGGUAAAGUUAUUUUAUCAACAACGUGAGUUGACCGUAGUGAAUUUUAUACUUGUACAUAAUUAACUUGUAUUAGGACUUUUAAGAUGAUAGUGACGUUUCGCUUCGACGAACCUUAUGUACGUAACUGUUACUUUAAAUAAGAACUUUAAAAUAAAGGAGAUCCCUGUUUUUAUAUA